AUGGACUCCGCGGGGCUGGAGUCAGCGCCUGAAUGGCAGAGCGGCCAUGUCUGGAAGAUGCCCGAAUGGGUCGAGCCCGUGGGCAUCGUCGGCAUCCUCCUCACGGCCAUGCUGGCCACCCGCCGGAGAAACUACUCCAUCUUCAGCGGCGAGCCCUACACCAAGCGGCCCGCCUACUCGCGCGCGCCCCCCUCCUCCGCCAGCCCCUUCGACUCGCCGCGCUCCUCGACCUCGCUGGCCUCGGGCGACUCGGAGCUGUCCCUGCUGCGCGCCAGCCUGCGCAACAACCUCGCCUCCUCCUCCUCCCACCCGCCCAAGACGCGCCGCCUGCUCGGCCUCUGGACCAUCCGCACGCCCAACUCGUCGCGCUUCGCGGGCCACUACCACAGCCGCGUCCUGCAAAAGUUCCCCUUCCUCGUCGAGAUGUUCUACUGGGUCGUCACCUACUUCUUCUACCAGCUGACGGCCGUGCUGUCGCGCGUCUGGUGGGGCGGCACCAAGGGCCUCUGGGACGUGGCGCAGGACCACGCCAUCGCCAUCCUCGAGCUCGAGGCCGUCGCCCUCGGCGCCGGCGGCCUGCAGGGCACGCGCCGCUGGGCCGAGUGGCGCAUCCAGCAGUGGUUCCUCGCCGGCGCCGACGCCGCCGACUGGCGCGGCGUGGGGCUCACCGUGCUCAACCGCGUCUACGCCCUGAUCCACAUCCCCGGCACCGUCGGCUUCAUCGCCUUCUACUACUGGUUCGCGCCCUCGCACGUGCGCUUCUGCACCGUCCGCCGCACCAUGUCCCUCGUCAACAUGUUUGCCUUUCUGAUCUUCCUCGGCUACCCCUGCAUGCCGCCGCGCUUCCUGCCCAGCGAGUUCGGCUUCGUCGACACGGUCAACGCCGAGGACGCCCAGAGCGUCUGGAUGUCGGGCCAGUACGUCAACAAGCUGGCCGCCAUGCCGAGCAUGCACUUUGGCUACGCAUUCUGCAUCGGCUGCGUCUUCGUCUACGAGUCGGGCUUCCUGCGCGGCGUGCUCAACAAGGGCGGCCGGCUGAUGAUCGGCGGCGCGAGGGACGACCUCGAGGAGAGCGCGCUCAAGCUCGACGACGACUAUUGCUACCACUCGGAGUCGGCGGCGGCGCUCGCGACGCCCGCGCCGAGGACGGGCGUCGAGCGCAAGCGCUCCUUCCGCUCGCGCCUCUUCUUCCUCUUCUUCGGCCUCUCGUACCCGAGCCUGAUCCUGCUGGCCAUCGUGGCCACGGGCAACCACUACUUUGCCGACGCCGCCGUCGCCGCCCUCAUCGUCGCCAUGGCCUACGUCUGCAACCGCGUGCUGCUGGUCUUCCUGCCCGUCGAGGACUACCUGCUGUGGGCGCUGCGGCUCGAGAAGCCCGUGCCGACGGUCGGGUUGAGGAGGUAG